AUGCCACGCAAUGCGGCGCGGGACGCGCGGCGGGCAGCGGUCCGCCUUGAGCAACGGCGCGCGGCCGUGAGUGGCUUCGGCGCCUAUCUCCGGGCCGCGCGAUGUACAGGUUUGGCCUGUCAUGUAUUUUUCGAAGCUGCCCGAGUGCGGCAGCACAUCAUUUGCAUGUCUGAGUUUCAAUUGCAAGCACCGCUGCCAGGCGAUCUUUGCUUUCGACGUCUGCGGCAGAUGUUCUCGUGGCGGCUGGUGCUGGCCAACCGCGAGGCGGUGGCGCAUCGCCGGGCGCAGAUUGAGGCGGAACACGCCCGUGCUUCCCCGACGCAGCUGCGCUUUGAGAAGGGGUUCGCUCGCCUGUCCUACCAGCUGGCGGGCCGGCGUAUUGCGCCUCGUGGUGACGGGGUGCCAUCCAAGCUGCUUAAGCGUCUUCGCACCAAGAAGGUGAACAACGAGCUGGUGGCAGCGCUGGACAUAGGCGUUCCGCAUGCAGUGCCGGAUGGGCGUGGCUGGCAUCGACUGGAGGCCGCCGUGGUCGACUUUCUCCGGCGGCCUUUUGGGCGCAGCGCGACGCGCGACCGCAUCAUCAAGCAUUCGCUGCGUUUGCUGCGAGCUUCGCGGCAAGUGAAGACUGCAGACGCUUUGCUGGCAUGGUGCGCUGCUGGCAAUGGCGCUCCAUUUGCAUUGUGGCACAAGAUUUUUGCUUGGUCUCACAACGAAGCCGACGUGUCAUCCCGCUUUACGUUGGAAGCGGCUGUCACCGACGUGUUUGUCGCGCAUCGAAGGCACUUGCAUUCGUUGGGCGUCGGCCACAAGCCAUUUUCUCGGCAGCUUCGACGCCUCGGCUUAGAUGUGGAGCGGCACUGGAUGAAUAAGCAGCUGGGUAAGCGCCUGACAUCGGCCCCACCAGGCUUGGAAAGGCCAGAGGACAUCUGUACCCAAAAGGAGGACAGCCUGAUUCGAAUGAACUCAAGACUUCAAGCCGUUGAGGAGUUCAUGACCCAGAGGAUUUUCCACCUGGAGAAUCGCGAGUGCAGUGCCAUCCGGAAGCAGCUUAUCCAUCUCGAGGACCAUGAUGCCAGUGGACGUGUUACUCUGGCGGACUUCUACAACACAACCCUGCACAACUUCUUCUCCAGCGCCUUCACCGAGAGUGAGAACUACCUCCGCGACACUGGCGCCUUAGACGAGACGGUGCCGGGUAUGCCGCGGGUCAUUAUCCCGAACUACCUUAUGUUGGACUCCAACUGUCUGGGCUCCUCAGAAUACUACGCCGUGUGCUGCAUUGACGAGUGCGAGGUGCUCCUUGACAAGAUUGAGACGCAGAUUCGCGCUCCGACAGCCUCGCCGGCGCAGCUGUCCCAGUUGGUGUCUUCUCUUGGUGCGGAGUUUUCUUUGGAUGAGGGAUCUUGGACGGAGCUUCAAGCCCGGCUUGGGGACAUCGCUGACAACGAGGGGCAGGUCCCUCUUCACGGGCGCAUGUUUGCCCAGUG